UGCGAGGAGGCUCCAGAGGCGCAGGGAGGGAGGGAGGCGGUUAGCGGUUCGGCCGUCCGUCCGUCGGUCGGUCGGUCGGUCGCGGGCCUCGGCCGAACCCGAGCCCCUCUCCUCUCCUCUCGAAAAGGCCACCAGGAUGGCCCUGGUCACGGUGCAGCGUUCUCCCACUCCAAGCGCUUCCUCCAGUCCCAGCGUGUCGGAAGUUGGAAGUGAUGAUGAUCACAGAGCACAACAGAGUCUCAGUGACAGUUUCUUCACGGUUAAGGGUGCAGCACUUUUUUUACAACAGGGAAGCAGCUCACAGGUAUCACGAUGUCACCAUCACCAUAAAUAUGCAGCAGGAGAUUUACAGUUACACCUUCAAGUGAUGAUCAAUCAUCUCCGUCCUGAAGACAGGAUCAAGCUGGCAGUACGUCUGGAAAGCAUGUCAGCUGAUCGAAUCCGAUAUAUGGUGGUUGUGUAUACUAAUGGACACCAGGAUACAGAGGAGAAUGUUCUGCUGGGAAUUGAUUUUGCAAGCAAAGAAAGCAAUAUUUGCACAAUAGGAAUGACCCUUCCUCUCUGGAGUGAUACAAAAAUUCAUUUAGAUGGAGACGGUGGGUUCAGUGUGAGUUCAGCAGACCGUAUUCUUAUCUUCAAGCCAGUCUCCGUACAAGCCAUGUGGUCAGCAUUACAGAUUCUCCACAAAUCCUGCGAAAUGGCUCGUAGGUACAAUUAUUAUCCAUCAGGAAUGGCUUUGACUUGGGCUAGUUACUACGAGAGCGGCAUUAACUCGGAACAGAGUUGUAUUAAUGAAUGGAAUACAAUGCAAGACCUACAGUCCAUGCGGGCUGACUCACCCCCGAUGUUUGUUGACAAACCAACGGAGAGUGAGCUAACGGAGCGAUUGAUAAGAAACAAAUUAAGAUAUAUAAUGAUGAGUAAAGAUUUGGAAAAUGUCACUUCCAAAGAAAUUCGAAAUGAAUUAGAACAACAAAUGAAUUGCAAUCUGAAAGAAUACAAAGGAUUUAUUGAUAAUGAAAUGCUCAUCAUUUUAGGACAAAUGGAUAAAGCUUCCCUAAUAUUUGAUCAUCUUUAUUUGGGUUCAGAGUGGAAUGCUUCAAAUUUGGAAGAGCUUCAGGCAACAGGCGUUGGGUAUAUCUUAAAUGUAACCAGAGAAAUUGACAACUUCUUUCCCGGAUUGUUCUGUUACCACAAUAUACGGGUGUUUGAUGAGGAUUCUACAGACUUAUUGGCCUAUUGGAAUGACACAUAUAACUUCAUAACAAAAGCCAAGAAAAAUCAUUCUAAAUGCCUGGUGCAUUGCAAAAUGGGUGUCAGUCGGUCUGCAUCAACUGUCAUUGCAUAUGCAAUGAAGGAAUUCAGGUGGUCACUUGAAAAGGCCUACAAAUAUGUGAAAGAGAAACGAAGUGUCGCACAGCCAAAUGCAGGGUUCAUGAAGCAGCUUGCAGAAUAUGAAGGCAUUUUAGAUGCUAGUAAACAUCGACAUAAUAGUUUGUGGCGUCGUAAUUCUGAGAGUGACCUGCAGGAAACUGUGAGGGAUCCAUUGUUCAAGAGCACCAGAAUAUCUACUCAACAAGACGUGAGCAGCGGCAACAAAGGAAUUCAACACAGAUAUGGAAAGCAGAAAUAUAAUGGUACUGAAAAAACUCAGAAUUCAAUAGCAGCCAACAAAAAUAAAAGUGAACAAAAUAAUUCGAAUUGCUACUUCAGAUGUCUGUCAGAUCCCAGUGUGGACAGUGCCUACAUUAAACAGCAGAGGGAGCAGGAUGAAUAUUCAAUCCAAGUAGAUGAUGUGGAAAGAGAUGCAAUUCAGAUGAACAACAGAGAUUUCAGAUGCACAGAUGGUUUCUGUGACACUGGGGAAUUUGUGUCAUCUCAACUUCGUGAUACUUUUGAAUGUGAAGAAAAAGUACAAAGUCAGCAAGGAAAUACUUACUUGAUGUUUACAGCAGUAGCGGAGUCAGAAGAAGAAAAUGAAAAUACACUGGACGCUGAUGGUGAUCGAAUAGUACUUGAUGAACCUAACAUAGAACGUGAUCUAGAGGCCGAUUCAAACCUUACAAACAUACAGGAGCCAGGAAUAACAGUAAUAACUGUUGAAAAUCAACUUGAUAAAGACAAUGUGAACAAUAACAACAACAACACCACAGGAUUUUCUUUGCAAGUGGAUGAAGAUGUCACUAAUGAAAUUCCCAACUCUGUGAAAUCCAUUAAUAAACUUACUUCGGGCUGCUCAGACUCCAUAAAUAAACUUGUAUGUGAGGAACUCGCAGAUCAUUCUGAAAACUUGUAUCCAGCACAAAAAUAUGGCACAAGCAUCACAGAUACGCGACUGAUCGAGUCCCAACCUUCAGGAUUUAUAUCAAAUGUACCUUCAGUUGUGUCAGCGAUGGAUACACUAUAUGGACAUCCCAACGAAGCAAGACUGUCACCUCACAAUUCCAGUUCUGAUGCCAUUUAUGCAAUUGAAACAUUGCAAUUCCACGAAACUGCAGAAGCGGAAUUAGUUUUAAGCGCAACGUGUGAAGAGCAAGGAGAGCAACAGGAAACAAAAGGGAUGUAUCCCAGCUGCAAAAAUGAAGUGGAUGACUGCCGAGCUGAAAGUUUUGCUCUCGACAUGAUGGCUUCACAAUCUGGAGGGUGCCAGGGUUUGAAACAAUCAUCAGUCAUAAAUUCAUGUAGCCAUCACUCUCAGAAAUGUUUUUUAAUAGAUUCAUCUAUUCAUACAGGUUCCAAGGUUGACAGACAAACAGACUAUGAAUUAAAUAUGUUAAAUAGUAAUUACUUAUCUUUAGGAAAUGAACAGGAUAACAUUACUGAGAACAUUAAGUCUACAUUUUCUUUGCCAUCCAGUAGACAAUCAACAGAGGAUAAUCAAGAAACAGCACCUAGUUAUAAUGUUGAGACUCUGAAUAGUAUGCCUAUGAAAGACUUAGGAAAGCUUGUAUCUAACCAGGGGAAAGAAACAUCAAAAGUCCAAAGCUACUUAAUGCAACAUCAAGAAUCUAUCCUUCAGCUUCAGACGGCUGGACUGGUAAGGAAACAUACCAAAGAGUUGGAAAGAUUAGCUGUAAGGUCUCCAAGCAAACAAGUACAGAGAUGUAACUCUCAAAAUCAGAAAGCUAUAUUUGCACAUGGAGACUGCCUGGAUAUUAUUAUGCAUGAACCAGUGGUAGAUGUACAGGAUCAAGCCCAGGCUUGUGAGAAUAUGGAGUAUGAUAUGUUGCCUGAGGCCAUCAGUGAUGGCUCUAAUUUCAUGGCUGGUAUAUACCAGAAAACAUCCACGCCUUAUGUAAGUAAUAGAAGUGGUUCAGGUUUUCUCACAAAGGAGCGUUUGCAGAAAAUCUAUGCAACACUAUUUUCAUCUCCUCAUUCUUCUAGCUUGACCCGUAGCUCCAGCAGCGACAGCCUUCACAGUGUUCAGGGUCAACCAGGUCUGGUUGAACUGCGAACACAAGAAAUUGAAGCCAGGAUGCAUCAGACCGGACUGACUAUUUGUUCAGAGAUGAAGCGAUCUCAUUCUCUUGCCAAACUUGAAAGCUUGAACUUGGCUUCUGAGGAUCUGUCAGCUGGGGAGAAAAAUGAUGAAAUGCUUCUCAGUUCAAGUCAUGCCAAACGAACAGAGGGUUGUUUCUUGCCAAGUGUUGUUGAGAAAAUGAGGCAGGAAAGAAGUCUCUGUGAGGAAACAGAUAUGCAAAGACAACAUGGUUUCUUCCAGAAGCCACUAAAUGAAUCAAUGGGAACUUCCAAUUCUGCAUUGGAGUAUACAGGCUGUAAAUUGGCUGAAAUUCAGUGCACAUAUCAGUUUGAACAUUCUUCUCUGUCUCCUCCCAAAUAUAAUGUUGGUAAUCCAGAGAUAACGCAGCAGUGUAUGGACUUUAUCUCAAUUCCUUCUUUUGGACUAGGCCAGUACCAAACCCAGAGUUACAAUGAUCUCUAUUCCUUGGUUUCUCAUGAACAGUAUGUACGAAUACAUUCCAUCAGGAAGCUCAGAAAAACUUGUGAAACAAAUCGAAGCAGCAGUUCAUUCUACCAUACCAUGUGAUUCCUUGGCGAAGUAAUGCAUUCCAAUCUCUCCUUAAAUGUAUGAACCUCCAGCCAAAAAUAUUUUAAGUUAUAGCCUGUGUUGUACAAUCUCUUGAAACGGCUGAAAAUUAUUCAUAAACAUGUUGCCAAAUACAGCUGGUUGCCUGCUGAAUAGUUUGCUUCUCGAGAUUGACUGCAAAAUCUGAGGUUGUAUUUUUCAUUUGAAAUGAAAUGCCACGCUUUGUAACUUCAUAUGGUUUCUAAUUUUUAUAUAAAAAGACAAAAUAUAAAUUCCGUUGAAAGUAUUGAUAUUAACUUGAAGGUUCCUUCGACAUACGGCCUGGAAGCUAACUUAUAUUCCUGCCAACAGAAGGUUAAAAUAGAAAAUCAUGUAAAUAUGGCAAUAACUUUACAAAUUGCAAUUAACAUACAUGAUUGUUCCUUAAAACCUGCAGGAUACACAAUUGUUAUUACCAUUUUUUGGUUGGGUGGAAUAAAUGAUAUCUAUUUUCUGCAAAUGCUGUUGAUUUUGAGGUCAAAAUAGAGCUUAUUCUAUAAAGAUAGCAAUUGGCCAUCCUACCCAAAUAAAGACAGAUUGAGAAAGGCUUCUUUUUGGAAUCACUUCUGAAAAUAAUUUCUUUCCCAUGACUUGCGUUAAACUGAAGUACUAAAUGAAGUUCUGUGUAAACAGAAAAGCCUUUCACUGAGAUAGUCGGUAAAAAUAUUUACAAAAGUGAUCUUGGUUGGCAACAAAUAUGCUUCAAUUAUUUGUAUGUUCUUAUUUCCUGCUAAUUCCUAUCAUGAAAUUAUGAUCUCUCCAUUCUGUCGCAGAUCUUAAUGCAAUUAUAAUGCCUGUAGCUGUCUGUUCAUAUUUAACAUUAACCACUGAAUUUAUGCGUUAUAUUUUCCUGUAAUCUGACCUAUUGUAUUGUGUAUGUAAGUAAUUUUACUAUUUCCCACUUAUUUGCUCUUUGUCUGGCUUGCCAAUCAUGUGCAUCCCCUCUAUUUCAACUGAAUUGACAACAUUUCCGUUUCUAUCUAUACAUCAGCAUUCAGUGUGUAUUUGAGAAUUUGUUUCUGUGCCUAGGCCCCAGCUCUAUUAUGUUUGAGGAGUUUUCAUGCAAAGCUGAGGCCCCUUGGUCGUCAAACAGCAUGCAAGCUUGUCCUGUUUUAUAGUUAUUGACUUAAGUCAAACCUUGCUGUUAUUACAUGCAAUAAAACUUGAGGAAAUUAUUUAUUUUUUUAAGUUAGUCCCUGUUUCUAUGAAACUAAAAAACUUAAUGGUCUUGCCAUUAAGAUAUUAAUCUUUGUCUCUUGAAUUCAUUGAACAAUGGUUAAUUUAGGAAGCUCCAUCACAAUGCAUCUGGAGAAUUGUAAGUCCCUGGAGUGAUGCUGCCAAUAUCAUAAUUACUGGACUACACAGCAGAUUAUCCCAAAUGUGAAUCUUUGCAAAAUGAAUUGACCUUGGCAAUGGUAUCUGAAAGUAUGCUGCAAUCCGUGCCAUUUACUAAAGGUAAGAACAUUAUCCAGGAUUCCUGCUGUGAACCAGUGGCUUGAUUCAGCCAAGGACAUAAUCUAGUUUGGCUAUGAUAUCUCUGGAGGAUUGUGAAAUUUAAUAGCUUGGUUAAAAGAUGAAAAAGGACCACCUGAAAGUCCGUUAUGUGUGGUUGCCCAGAAUCAACAAAAUAUAAAGUGAAACCAACUUCAAAGCUGGAAAGUUAAAAACAGAAAAUGCUGGAAAAAUUAAACAGUAAGGCAACAUCUGUGGAGAGAGAAAUUGUUAACAUUUCAGAUUGGUGUCUAUUCGAUUCCAACAAAAAGUUAUCGACCUGAAACGUUAACUUAUUUUCUUUCUACAUGGGUGCAUUAGGUAUUUCCAGCAUUUCUAACAUCAGUGAAGUGUAACAUGGCAUGAUUCAAUUAUUUCAGAAGAGUGAUGAGAAGAAAAAGGAAGUUGGUUGCAAAAGAAACGUAUUGGUUUUAUUCCAUUUACUAAAAGAUACAAAUAAGGUCAAAAAUCAUGUUAUUGUGUUUCAUUAUCAUAAUGGUGGAUCUAUUUUUUUUCCUGUUGUCUUAAAAUUCUACUCUUUUAGUAGAGAUAAAUUAUGUUGUAUAUUUCCUUUUCAUCUUUACUUAUAGUAGGCAUGGGUUAAUUUUCAUUCUGUAUGAAAUGUCUCCAUUGAAAGUUCUAUGUGCAGGAAGCAAGAAGUGAUUUACUACAGAAAUCCCAAAUAAGAUUGCAUCAAGUACUUCUAGUUUAAAGGGAAAUCUUUCCAAAUCCUGCGUGGUUCAGAUCAAUGCGUAUCCUUUCUUUUCCUUCAUAUAUGGUCUGCUAAUAGAAAUUAUCCUCCUCCACUUAAUAUCGGUAACUUCAGUUUCACUCUGAUUUCAGUCACUGCACUAUUAGAUGUUUACAUUUCUGAGGAUGAUAGUGGAAUCCAUUAACUCUGCUUUGACAGUGUUGAUGCUGAGGUAUAGAUCUUAGGAAUGUUAAUCGGAAUAUUCAUUGCGCUCCAGUUAAAAAAUACUGAAUUAUGAAAAGACACGGAUUAGACAAUUUAUUACUCGAUCCUUAAUUAUCUGUGUAUUGUUUUUGCCAAAUUCAAAAAAACAUAGCCGAUCGGUUUAAUUGCUGUUAAUAGGCAAUAAUAUUAAUUUCCAGAUCAGGAAGGGAAAAAUAACUAUUUUGAGCUCAGUUUAUUGAUUUUUGAAGCAUUGAAAAUCAACAAGUGAACUCAAAUGAUUGUAUCUCCUUUCUAAAGUUCCUGCUCACAUAAUGUGCACUCAGAUGUAGGUGUUAUUUCCAUUAAUAUUGCAAAAUGUAAUUGAUAAGUAAAAGAUAAGGCUCAAAGCUUAUGCUUUGUGGGGGAAAUGAAGCAAUGGGAUUUGGCACACAGUAUGGCUCUAGUAUUUUGUGAAUCAGGAGAAUUCUAAAUGUUUAUACCUAAAGUCACAAAAGAUUUGUAAUUUAAAUGUUGCAAAAAUAACUCUUAACAAAUGAAAAUCCAAUAUUAGAGAUAUUUUUAGCUCUGUAGAACAUGAUUUAUAUUCUAUUACAUCUUUGAUGAAAUUCCACCUUUUAUAAAUUAGUAGAAUAUUAAAAUAGAUUCUUCUCAUUUAAAAAAGAACAGAAAGAUUAAACAUAGUCUUUAAACAAUUAACAGCAACAUUUCAGAUUCAAUUAUAUUCAUGGAGCCUGAGCCAACAUUUAAAAGAAUACAAUUAAAUAAACUAAAGUACUCUUACCUAUAUAUGUGGGAGUAAAUUUGUAGCAAAAUAGCAGAAAUAUCUAAGACUGGUGCAAGCAAUUUCACCUCAUUAUGUCAGACUGCAAGCUGUGAUAAGUAUUUGAGAUAAAAUAUGUGCAGUUUCCUAUUACUAUACGAGUGGCUAUUAAAUAUUACUAAGGAAAUUGUUUUUUUUAAAUUAACGACUGUAUUGAUAUUUUCAUCUGGAGCUUGUGUACUUGGAUUUUUAGACUCAAAAUUAUUUUGAUUUAUUUUGUCUUUGUAAAUGUGAUAUUCUCCCUGAAUCUAAGAAAACUAGAAUUGCCGCUUCCUCUUGCUUCUCAUCCUUCUUGCAUGCAUAUUCUGUGUUAAACUUGCUAUUGAUUGUUUCCUAUAACUUGAAUUACUGAUUAUUUGUUAUUUUCUGUCUAUGGAAGACAUUAAAUGGUUGAAAGUGACCAAUUCUGGCCUAAUGUAGGAAAGUUUGGACUUCGUAAUAUAGUUCUGACUUUCAACUAUAAUUUGUAUUGCCUUUUGCACUUAAAGUUUGGUGCCAUAUUUGAUCCCACACAUAAUUACCUACCUUGCACCUACAAAUCUUGGAGGGGUUCAUUUAAGAGUUUAGUUUAGUGUCAAAUUAUAGAGAGGAUCACUGGGAGAAACAUUUUUAAAUGUGGUGAUCUGGAGUAGAAACUCUGCUAUAACUUUGUUUUAUGAAAAUGCUGCUUAACAUGUUUUUGGUUACCUUGUACAGAUAUACUUCAGUGCCUUUAAUUUAGUGAAUACUGUAUGUGUGAUGAUUGUUGGGUGAAAGCAUGCUUGUACACACGUACUGUCCAGGUUGAAUGUUUAAUGUCGAAAAGGUCUGUCUCCAAUGGUUGUAAUCACAAAAACAAGUAUUUGUUGCAUGUUCCAGCUUUUUUUUCCCCCAAAGUUUUCAGUUUUGUUAUUUAAAAGUACUUUUUUUACUGUGAAUCCAGAGGUAGCUGUAUGCAUAGUGCACUUUUUAACAUCUGUUGACAUGUACUGUACAAGUGUAUGUUGGAAAUAAAUGUAAAUUUUCAAUAAA